AUGCUGAGUUCAAGAUUCAUCAGAUCUUUAACCCUUACAAGGUCUGUUUUUAGGCCUUCAACUAAGUUCUCUUUGCUCAAAACUUCUUCUGUCAGAUUUUUCUGCACAAACAAACCUCCAAAGACAGAUUAUAAAGAGAGUCCUAUUAAGGAAUCACAUGAGGAUUCAAAAUCUCCUAAAGAAGAAGAUGAAUACAAAGAAAAGGCCCAAGAGAAUGAACCUCCUACUACAACCCCCCAACAAGACCUAAGAAUCCACCCUUACUGGUACUUCAUCACCAGCAUGGUAGUUAUCUACCAAUUCCUAAAAAUGAACGAUAUCACUGUUGAGUUCGAAGACCUGAUUAAGUAUCUGAAAGAGCAGCCUUUUAAAGCAGUUGAUAUUGCUGUGAAUCUUAAGAAAAAUAGUGAUUAUAGUGUGUUUGUGACAGUGGAAGGAACAGAUAUUGAUGGGAGAGUUCUGAGUGCGGAAAGUGAGGCUGAGAAUAGGUUUAGGAAGAUUUUGGCUAUGUCUUCUGAUUCUGGGCUGCUUAGAUUAUGAUACUUAGUGUUAUUCACAAACUUCUGCGGUAUUAUCAGUCAGAUUAUGUAUCAUCAAAAGAGAGGUUUCAACUCUAAAGCCUAUAUAGGCCUUAUUGCCUGAGGUGGAUUUGUGGCUUUUUCUACAAGUCAAACAAUAAGCACUCUUAACUUCCUUAAAGAGUUUGGUAACUUGAAGGAAGACCGUCCACAAGGAUAUGUCAAAUUUGUAAAAUCAAGUGAAUUCCAUAAUCAAGUCGGAAACUACACAAGAGUUGAGAGGAACUAAAAUCUAAUUCUGAGGUUAGCAAUAAAUAUUCCCAA